AAAUGCGCGUGCGUGGGGGCGUGUACGCUGGUUACCGUAGUAACCAGAUGCGCUUGGUGCGAGCGCGGACACUCUGGCUUCCCCCGGGCUCUCCUUGAAGAAGGCGCCGCCGCGGGUAGGGGCCUCCCAUGGCUUCACAGGAGAGGGUGGACGCGGUGACCAAAGGAAGUGGGUUCCGGCGCUGCCGUAGGCAGCUCGCUUACACGCCGGGAACCUGCGAGCUGCUCAGAGUGAUGAUGAAGGAGUCCAAACUGACUAACUUUCAGCAACGACACAUCAUGGACACCGUAAAAAGAGGAGCCCCUCUGCCCCUGCAGUGCAACCCAACAUCCAGCCAGAGGGACUCUCCUUCCAAGAAGCCGUCUACUGCCACCUACCUACCUCCUAUCCUGGCUACCCACUCCCACCUCCGGCCUGCCAGCAUGUGUCAAGCCAAUGGGGCAUACAGCCGCGAACAAUUCAAGCCUCAGGCCACCAGAGAUCUGGAGAAGGAGAAACGAAGACUUCAAAAUAUCUUUGCCAGGGGGAAGGACACAGAGGAAUGGAAAAUGGCUCCUCAUGUGCAGCAAGAGGACCCAGCUCCUGAGCUGGACCGGUUUGAAGAACUGGUGAAGGAAAUCCAGGACAGGAAGGAAUUCUUGGCUGCCAUGGAGGCUCUAGGACAGGGCAAGCAAUACCGAGGAAUGAUCCUGGCAGAAAUCUCCCAGAAACUACGGGAAAUGGAGGACAUUGACCGCAGUAGGAGCGAGAAACUUAGGAAGGCUCUUGCCACCACUUAAUGGGGUGGGCCAGCCCAAUGCGACCACCAGAGCAGCACGACCGUCAAGCAGUCCCCAGGUCUGCCCACCCACAGGGGCCAUGCCAGACCAUGAUGUGGCACUGUCUUGGAGCACAAGACAAGACACUGCCCGGGAAUGCAGAGGCCUCAGUGGUGCCACAGCGUUGAAGCCUUCUCUAGGGGAAAGCCCCAGGCCUACCACGUUGACACCAGGCUCACCACCUUGGACAUUUGCCUAAGGGCGCCCUCUCUCUGGCUCUCCUGCCACAGCUAGCUGCCAGGUGCUCUGUGAACACCACUCUGCCCUUCCUACAUCUCAGGGUCUACUUCUUUGCCUUCUUGUAGCCGGGGGCAAAUGUUUGCCCACAAUGAUUAAUUGGCCAAUAAAACACAUUUAACUUGGUCAUCGCAA